AUGGACAGCCUAAACAGAUUGGCUGACCUACUUGCAAGUGGGACAGUGCUUGGUAAUUCAAAUUAUGGUCCAGAUGUGUUCCUUAACAAUUGUGAAGAUAUAUUUCUUCAUGAAGACCGAACAGUGAAGAUAGGAGACUUUGGUUUGGCAACAGUGAAAUCCAGAUGGAGUGGUUCUCAACAGGUGGAACAGCCUACAGGAUCUGUUCUCUGGAUGGCACCGGAAGUAAUUCGAAUGCAAGAUAGCAAUCCAUUCACCUUUCAAUCAGAUGUGUAUUCUUAUGGAAUAGUACUAUACGAACUGAUGACAGGAGAGUUACCCUAUUCCCAUAUUAACAAUAGAGAUCAGAUCAUUUUCAUGGUUGGUCGUGGUUAUACAUCGCCUGAUCUCAGCAAACUAUACAAAAACUGUCCAAAAGCUAUGAAGAGGCUUGUAGCAGAUUGUGUGAAAAAAGUGAGGGAAGAGAGACCUCUUUUUCCACAGAUAUUGUCUUCCAUUGAACUGCUGCAACAUUCUUUGCCCAAAAUUAACCGAAGUGCUUCAGAACCUUCUCUGCAUCGUGCAACUCAUACCCAGGACAUAAACUCAUGCACAUUGACUUCAACAAAGUUACCUGUGUUCUAGGAGAUCCACGUGCAGUCUUCACCGUUCUCCCCAAUAACAGUUAUUUUAUAGCAGUUGUGUUUUUGAAAGCUUCAGUCUACAGAAUUGAACAGCCAGCGUGGGAUUCACCUGGGUGCCAAUUUUAAGAGUGAGCUGCUAAUGAAUUUCUGCUGUUCUAAGCCUACAGGGACAAAAAAACUCCAUGUUGCCUUUUGCUACAGUUUAAUCUUAUGGAAAUAGUGCACAGACUGUAUAAACAGAAGUUCUAUUGCUAUUUUUUUAUAGAUGCAC